AUGGAUAUUGACUUGAAUAUAAUCAAUAGCUCAGGAUUUCAAGUAACUGAGUUCAUUCUUAUGGGAUUCCCUGGCAUUCAUGAGUGGCAGCACUGGCUCUCCCUGCCCCUGGCUCUGCUCUACCUCUUAGCUCUUGGUGCCAAUCUUCUCAUCAUGAUCACCAUUCAACAUGAUACCAUGCUACAUGAGCCCAUGUAUCACUUACUGGGCAUAUUGGCAAUAGUGGAUAUCGGCCUGGCCACCACCAUUAUGCCCAAGAUCCUGGCCAUCUUCUGGUUUGAUGCCAAGGCCAUCAGCCUCCCUGAGUGUUUUGCUCAGAUCUAUGCCAUUCACUUUUUCAUGUGCAUGGAGUCGGGCAUCUUCCUAUGUAUGGCAGUAGAUAGAUAUGUAGCCAUUUGUUAUCCCCUUCGGUAUCCUUCCAUAGUCACUGAAGCUUUAGUGGUCAAAGCUACACUGUCCAUGGUGCUCAGGAAUGGCCUAUUGACCAUCCCAGUCCCUGUACUGGCCACCCAGAGACACUACUGCUCCAGGAAUGAGAUUAACCACUGCCUGUGCUCUAACUUGGGGGUCACCAGUCUGGCCUGUGAUGACAUUACCAUUAACAGAUUUUACCAGUUGGCCUUGGUCUGGGUUGUGGUUGGGAGUGAUAUGGGCCUUGUCUUUGCUUCUUAUGCUUUGAUUAUUUGCUCAGUGCUGAGGUUGAACUCUGCUGAAGCAACAUCUAAGGCCCUGAGUACCUGCAGCUCCCACCUCAUCCUCAUUCUCUUUUUCUACACAGCUAUUAUUGUAGUCUCUGUUACUCACCUGGCAGGAAGAAGGAUUCCCCUUAUCCCGGUUUUCCUCAAUGUGCUGCAUAUUGUCAUCCCCCCAGCUCUUAACCCCAUGGUAUAUGCCCUUAGGACACAGGAGCUGAGAAUGAGCUUUGAAAAGCUGCUUGAGCAUGUGUCCAGGAAGUAA